AUGAGCACCGUAAGCCAAGGGAACCCCUACGCCGAGAAUUCGGCGUACGAGAUGACCGGCACAAACCAGUUCUUCACGCUUGUCCAGGACAUCAAGGACGACCUUUCAGACUACAACACGCUGAUUGACAGAUUGGAAAAGCUGCAGCUGGACUCCCUAAACGCGAUUGGAUCCGAGGAGAUGGCCUCUUUCCAGAGACAAAUUGACAAUAACAAUAAUUCGCUCUCUGACCUCCAGAAAAACACCAUCAAGCCGAAGCUGCAGGCGUUGUACAAGGAGUGCGGCUCCGACACCGACAAGCAGAAACAGGCCGAGAAUUUGACCGCCCAGUUCAGAGCCUCGAUCACCAGGCUGGCCAAAAUCGAAGACAGAUACAACCAGGCCAACAAGCAGAAAGCCAUCAACCAGUACAAGAUUGUCAAUCCGGAUGCUACGUACGACGAGGCCGCCGAGUUCGUUUACACGGUUGGCGACCAGCAGGUGUUCGACAACGCCAUUCGGAUGUCCAACAGAAAAGGCGAGGCGAUGACGGUUCUGCAGGAGGUGCAGGCCAGACACAUGGAGGUGGAGAGAACCGAGCGACUCGCUGCGGAGCUGAACCAGCUGUUUGGCGACCUGCAGGAGCUUGUUUUCGAGCAGGACGUGAUGUUUGACAACGUCAACGAGAACGUGGCUGUGGCGCAAGACCACCUGGAGAGAGGCGACGCCAACGUCAUCAAGGCCAGAGACCACGCCCGCAAGGGCCGCAAACUCAAGUGGAUCAUCUUCUGGGUCUGUGUGGUGAUCAUUUGCAUCAUUGUGGGAGCCGUGGUUGGCGGUGUUGUUGGAGCCGCCAAACACUAG